UUGGCAAAUUUAAACGCUCCCUCAGAUCCUCUUUUUUUACGGGUACAAUCUCCUGAAGCUUACUAAGUAUAACAUAUUCAACAGUGCUUGUAUUAUGGAUUGAAUUCUAGACAGCUCAUUCCAGUGGCCAUUCCUUCCCAUAGACAUAACACCAGAAGUAAACUUUUAUGAAGAGGGAAAGAUCCUCAUCUAAAGUGUUCAACCUUUAGUAUACCCCGUAGAGGCUUGGAGAUCUGGAAUAAGAUUGAUAGCUAAAUAAAAUCCUCACAUUCUUGAAACAUAUUUAAAAAGCGUUUUAAGCAAAAUGUAUUGCUACGUUAUGCUUAGUGUAGUUAGCACACCCCUCAUGGCUUAGGAUUUCACAUUGGUCGCAUAAUUUUGGUCUUGAACCCUGUAUGUAUGAUGUGAUUAUCGCAAAUCUUCAAGAUGCAACUUUUUAAUCAAAUUUGAAUAAUAAGAUAUCGAGACUGAUUUGGUGAAUUAAAAGCUUCCUUUUUUGUAAAUGUAAACCUGUUGGUAGGUUGGUAUGAAAUUGUAAAUGGGUAUUGUGUGGGUAGAUUUUGAAAUUAAUUGUAUUGUACUGUAUUUUUUUAGGGCAGCACGGUGGCAGAGGGGUUAGUGCGUCUGCCUCACAAUACGAAGGUCCUGAGUAGUCUUGGGUUCAAUCCCGGGCUCGGGAUCUUUCUGUGUGGAGUUUGCAUGUUCUCCCCGUGACUGCGUGGGUUCCCUCCGGGUACUACGGCUUCCUCCCACCUCCAAAGACAUGCACCUGGGGAUAGGUUGAUUGGCAACACUAAAUUGGCCCUAGUGUGUGAAUUUGAGUGUGAAUGUUGUCUGUCUAUCUGUGUUGGCCCUGCGAUGAGGUGGCGACUUGUCCAGGGUGUACCCCGCCUUCCGCUCGAUUGUAGCUGAGAUGGGAUCCAGCGCCCCCGCAACCCCAAAGGGAAUAAGCGGUAGAAAAUGGAUGGAUGGAUGGAUGGUCAGCUGUUUUGCCCAGUAGUGCCGACAUUAGCGAUCAUGGAGCGGGCAACCUUCAAACAGAACCAACAGUGUGGACAGUGGGAGAUGAAGGAGAGGCUCGGGAUAGGAGGCUUUGGGCACGUCUACCUCUACCAGCAUCUUGAGUCUGGAAAGAAGUUAGCCGUUAAAAUCUGCCGCCUCGACCUGAGCUCCAAGAAUAAGGAACGCUGGACCAGAGAAAUCCAGAUCAUGAAGAAGUUAAACCACGUUAACGUUGUUGAGGCUAGCGAAGUUCCAGAAGAAUUGAGUUCAAUCGCUCUGAAUGACCUUCCUCUUCUGGCCAUGGAGUACUGCUCUAGAGGAGACCUACGUAAAGUUCUGAAUAAACCAGAAAAUUGCUGUGGGCUAAAGGAGAGUGAAGUCCUCGCUCUACUAAGUGACAUUGGUUGUGGUAUACAAUAUCUUCAUGAAAAUAAGAUCAUUCACAGAGACCUAAAACCAGAGAACAUAGUUCUGCAAGAGAUCAAUGGCAAGCUUGUUCAUAAAAUCAUAGAUCUCGGUUAUGCUAAAGAUCUCGACCAAGGCAGUGUCUGUACGUCAUUCGUUGGAACGCUCCAGUAUCUUGCGCCGGAGUUGUUUGAGAGUAAACCGUACACUGUAACUGUGGACUAUUGGAGUUUUGGAACAGUGAUCUUUGAAUGCACAUGUGGCUUCCGUCCCUUUUUGCACCACAUGCAACCUGUACAGUGGACGAGCAAAGUCAAGAGCAAAGGUGCUAAGGACAUAAUGGCAGUGGAGGACAUGAAUGGAGAAGUUCGAUUCUCCACACAUCUUCCUUAUCCUAACAAUCUCAGCAAACCGUUGCUGGAGCCAGUUGAGAAUUUGCUGCAGAUGUUGUUACUGUGGGACCCUGAUGCACGCGGUGGAGGCUUGGAUCCUGUUACGAAUAAGGCACACUGCUACAGUGCUCUCCAAAAUAUUAUUAAUAUGAAGGUGAUCCAUGUGCUGGACAUGACGUCAGCCCAGCUGCACUCUUUGGUUUUGGACACCGAAGAGAGCUUACACUCAUUGCAGCUUCAUCUGGAGACGCGGACGCACAUCUCCCCACUUAAUCAAGAACUGCUGUUAGAGACUGGAAUCUCCCUCGACCCACGCAGGCCACCUGCACACUGUCUGCCAGAUGGAUUGAGAGGCUGGGACACAUCCAUCGUUUUCCUGUUUGAUAAGAGCCUGUCCAAGUACUCGGGACCCCUAACUGCCAGACCACUGCCAGACAGUGUCAACUUUAUAGUCAGGGAGACAAAGACACAGCUACCACUGACUGCUUUAAGAAAAGUGUGGGGGGAAGCAGUCAGCUACAUUUGUGGCCUCAAAGAGGACUACACACGGCUUUACCAGGGACAAAGGGCUGCUAUCCUCAGUCUGCUGCGUUACAACACCAACCUAACUCGCUACAAGAACCUGCUCUUCUCCCAGUCACAGCAACUGCAGGCCAAACUGGCUUUCUUUAAGACCAGCAUCCAGCACGACUUAGAGCAGUACAACAAGCAGAAACACACGGGCAUCUCUUCAGAAAAGAUGCUAAGGACCUGGCAUGAAAAUGAAGCAAAGGCUGAUGGGUUUGCAAAGGUUGCUGACAUGACAUAUAUGGACGAAGAAAUCAUUUCUUUACAUUCUGAAAUUGUGGAAUUGCAGCGGAGUCCAUUUUUGAGGCGACAAGGGGACUUAAUGGAAGAGCUUGAGGGAAAAGCUAUUGAACUCUACAAGCAACUAAAAGCCAAGUGCAAAAGCCCUGACCCUCCGCACGGUUACAGUGACAGUUCAGGCAUGGUGAAAGCCAUACUCCAAAUGGUUCAGAACCAAGAUAGAGUACUUAAAGAUUUGUAUACUCACCUUAGUACAAUUCUAGUGUGCAAGCGACGCAUCGUUGAUCUGUUCCCAAAGUUAGAGAGGGCAGUGGAGGACAUAAAGAAGGCAGAGUCAGCCAUACUGCAGAUGCAAACCAAGCGGCAGAAGGAGUUCUGGUACCUUCUCAAGAUUGCCUGUGCCCAGAGUAAUUCUUCAUCACCAAGUUCUUUUCAGCCCAGCAGUGAAAGCAUUAAAAGACCCCUUUUCUCGUGCAGUGAAACCGUUCAUCAGUUACUGGACGACAAUCGCCGUUAUUUGGGUCAACUCUCGUCUCUGCUGCAGGAUGCCAGUGAUGAGAAAGAGCACAGUGUCAUGGAUCAAGACUGGAGUUGGACUCGUCUCGGAACAGCAAAGCACAACCAAAAGGUCUCAAACGACCAACCAAAUACUCAAAGUUUAGAAACAAAAACACAGUAAAACAAAAACCACAUGUUUAUGUUUUUUGUGUGUAUCUUUGCAUUAUUUAUGAGGUAAUAUAGAAUGUGUUAUACACAGUGAUGUCAGCCAUUAUGUUUUAGAUCUAAUACAUUUUAUUUCAAAUUUGAAGUGUUUUCAUGCUGUAACUUAUUUGUUUUACUGGUCAACUUUAUGAGAGUAAAUGAUUGCUAUGAAAGAGUAAAUUUAACGGAACCUCUUCUAUUUUAAUCUGUGUUUGAAUUAUUUUGUGUACUAGUUUUGGUGUACAAAAUGCUCUCGCUCUAGUCUUUGUGAAAGGAAGGUCAAUGUUACACAUUACAGUACAUACUGUAGAUGUGAUAAGUAUGGUAAAGU